AUGCCUCAGCCAAAUUCCUCCACCCGAGCCCGAGUAGGCUCGCCACCCCUCUCAUCCCCCAACAGCCCUCAAAGCUCCAACCGCACCCUCGUCAGAGGCAGCGCCAGAACCUACACACCCGAAGACACCCCCUCGCUUUCAGAUGCGUACCUCACCGCAUCAUCUCAUAUUGACCUCCCUGCAUCAUCUCAGAGAGAAGGAGCAGGGUCCCCCUCGAGGACGCGAACGACGGGGACGACGAUGGCGGCGCACCCGACUGGUUCAGGUUUCCAUAUCUGGCACAAGCCUGCCGUCGGACGUCCUCGGGUAUCGACAUCGUCGUCGGAUGAGUCUAUCAAAGGCAAUCCAUUUGCAUUCCACCACCCAGUCCACCAACAACCAGUCUACCAACAGUCACACCCUCCACCCGUCUUCCAGACACAAACGAGGCCCUCCCACGCUACUUUCCGAAAAACCUUCACCCGCAUUCUCGGCCGCCUCGCUGUCCCCCACAGUGUCUCCAUCUCUUUCCGCCCCCCCGAAGAAUUCGAGCAAUACGUCCAAGACGUCAUGGGCAGCUUUCUCCACACUUUUGACGAUUAUACGACACAAGAAGCGCAGGAGGGUAUCGCCUUGAUGGCUGGACAGCUUGAAGCUUGGCAAGGUGUGCUGGCGACGCCUGCACCGUAUUUGAUGAGUUAUAUGAAGGGUGAGGAGGGGGAGAGGAAGGAAGGGGAGAGACAUGAGCCACUGGCGGGGUUGAUUGAGAAGAGCUGGAUGGAGUUGGAUGGGUUUGUGUUGGUUGAGGGAUAUCCUCGUGAAGUGCCGAGGCCAUUUCAAUGA